AUGUAUUCCGUCAGUCAGUUCGGCUAGACACAAUAUCAGAACACCUUAUAAUUUCUUCGUUUGUUGUCCUAUUACAGAUAUUUAUAGACAUCUAUCGAGAUUUAGUUAUUGAAAGUAUACAUCGAUCUACAAGAUUGAAGUAUCUGAUGAUGUCCUGAAGGUCUUCUGCAAUGGAUGAAGCCAGUGUGCAGAGAGGUUUGCAGAAGGCUUUGAGCGAGGCCUCAUCCAAAAGCGUCAAGACUAAGAAGGAGACGGACCUUGCACCCACUGACAGCGAUGCAUCAUCCAGAUCAGGUUCCCCUGACCAAUGCUGCCCGAUCUGCCUGGGCAAGUUCAAAGACAAGUCCUUCUCCGAUGGCUGCUUUCAUCGAUUCUGUUUCCAGUGUAUACGAGAAUGGGCCAAGGUGAAGUCAACAUGCCCUCUAUGCAAAACUCCUUUCAAAUCCAUCAUUCACAAUGUAGUGUCUAGUGAUGUAUAUGAUCAGUACGUGCUACAGCCUACGGAGAAUGGGUCUUUGGAGUUAGAUCGUAACGGUGCUCGCUUUCGCUACCACACUACCCUAACCACCAACCGAAGAUCUGCCUGGGAGACCCGCAUGGAUCAGCUUUUCAAUCGCCAGGCCAGGCUGGCAGAGCGGAUCCACCGCGAAAACGAGUCCCGUCAGCGCCGUCAACUGAUCUAUGCAGCCAGCUUGAGGGUCCAUCAUAUCGCAACCAACCGAUUCACUAGGUUCAGGGAUACUUCUCCCCAGUUUUUCCGUGAGAACCCUGCUGUAACACACCGUCUUAUCCCUUGGCUAAGGAGAGACCUUGGGGUGCUGUUCAAUGGGAACGACCAACAUGUGCGAUUCAUGACCCAGUACAUUCUUUCACUGCUUCCAAAUGUUGACAUUCAAUCAGAGGAAUUCCACAACCACUUGAGGCCGUUCCUCUAUGGACGCACUGAACACUUCAUCCACGAGUUCACCAGCUUUGCUAGGUCACCUCAUGACAUGGACACCUACGACCAGAUGGCCCAGUAUGACUUCCGUCCCGAGAACCCUCAGUUCACUGCCACUCUCCGGCCUCAGCAUCCGCUUGUAGCACAAGAGAAUAGCAGUAGUGAGGAGAGUGAGAACAACCAUUCCAACAAUAUUGAAGUCAUCGUCAUUUCCGAUGAUAAUGAAAGUGACAGCAAUCCUUUUGUGAUACCAGCAGAAAGUUCCCAGUCUGCCUCUCUCAGUCAUGACCUACCCGGGCCAUCUUCUGCUACAAGCGGAGUGGGUCCAUCCACAAGUUAUGAUCUAGCCUCUACCCAUAACCCUGAGCCACCUGCAAGUCAAGACCCCGAUCAACCAGGCCCCUCUGGUGUCACUCUUUCAGGAAGCCUGCAGAUCAAGCAAGAGCAUGACAGUGCCCAUGGCAGGAGAAAGUUGGAAGAUAGUGCAGAAAGCAGUGGCAGUGUAGAGAUUGUUGGAUAUCAAAAGCCAUUCCAUCUGCGCACUCCCAUUGCUUUCAUAACCAUAUCUGAUGAUUUAUCGGAUGGGAAACGGGAGAAAGAGACAAAAGGAAGGCUUAGUAGGAAUAAAGACAAGACUGCACCUAAAAGAAACCACGUAGAAGAAAAAGCUGGUGGAAAGAGGAAACAGAAGACAAAACAUACCAGAAGUUUGCAUUCUUCAAACAGAGCUGGUAACUGGUCUACAGAUUCAGAUGACAAUUACUACAGCAGAUCCAGACGUGAUGGAUACAACAGGAGAGGCAGAGAUGCUGCUGAUGACAUAGACGGUCCUUGCACAUCGCGCUAUGAUUCUCUGCACAGAUCUUCCUCUAAUCACAAGCCUUCCCACAGUCCAAAUGAACUAUUCCGUAAAGUAAGAGAAGGGGGAAGCAAAUGGAGUCUCUACUAUGAGACCAGACAUGAUAACUAUUCUAGCUCUAGGAACCGACGGUCAAGGUCUCGGUCAAGGUCUCGAUCAACGUACUCCAGAAGAUAUGGAGAAGACAGCAGAUCACGGGACUGUUCAAGAGACCUCCCUAGACCUUUGAGGGAUGAACGAAACUGGCAACGAAGCAGAAGCAGAAGUAGAUCGAGAGAGAGGUCAAGGAACCCAUCGAGAUACUACAGAGAGGAAGAUAACAUGAGAAGCAGGAGUAGGAGUAGGGGGCCCUCUGUGGACUUCUUCAGUGAUGAAAGCAAGUUAAGUUCACGGAAUGGCAGUCGUAACGGCAGUACUUCUAGCACCUUUAGCAGACAAUCACAUCAAGAUCGUCAUGCUCUACAUAGUUCAAAGAAAGACAUUUCUAGCUCAAGUCAUGUGAGCGCAUCCAAAGCAUCAAGAUCGCCUGUGCUCAAGCGUAUGCUAGAGGAUGCUAAUGAUCCUCCAAACAAGGAAGGAGACCCGCACACAAGCAAAAGGCACAAGCACAAACAUAAGCAUCACAAGAAGAAAAGCUCCAGACAUAAGCACAAGAAAAGUCGAGACAAGGAUUCUAAAAGUAAAAAGAAAGACAAACACGGUAGGGACCAUGGUGGUAGCCACGACAAGAAGCCUCAGGAUGACAAGGAGAAAGCGAUUGGUGAAAGCAUAUCGGACAGUACUGUGGAAGAUGUGGACAGGCCAAACGAGGGCGCUACACAUAGCAGGAUGGGGACUACACCCACUCCAAGUGGUCAUGUUGAGAAUCAUAAUAUAACCUUGCAGGAUUUGUUAAACAUGGAUGAGAGUAUGACCUUUGACCCAGCCCCGCCAGCAGGGCAUUCAGAUAAAGGAUCUGGAUCCAUGCUUUGAUCACAACUCCCAUUCGAUGCACGGCAACCAUGGUGACAAAGAAUGAGGAAGUAUAGAGAAAAAUUAUAAUACAUGUAGGUAGACUCUCACCAAAGAGGAUAGUAGGUUGAAUCUUGAAAGAAAAGAGAUAUUUAGAUAGUUAAUGAUAGGUUAAUAAACUUGCAAAUGAUUUCUGUUUAGGUUAGAGGUCAUCUUCUUUGUAUUGUGAUAAGAAUAGGCCUUUGUUCAGAUUAAUUAAUACAUGCCUUGCAAUGUCUCACUCAGCUUCUCACCUAGACCAAGAAGUCAUUUAGGACAAGAGGGGUUGGGGGGGGGGCGGUGUGUCUAUGAAUAUUUGAACCCAUAACUUGUCCUCUUUACGGCCAUUCAAUAGUCGACCAAUUCUUUGCAUAUGACCUUCAUCAUACAGGUGUGACACAGAAACUCACAAGUUAUCCACUUUGACCAACUAGACAUCAUUGCAUUUGCUUCCUACCCUGCCAGAUAAAGUAAAAAUUGGUAUUUGAUCAUGUAAUACUUUUUUCAGGGGAACAGACUGAUGUAUAGGGUUAGGGUUAGGGUUUCCAUACAUACAUUUUAAAGCUUUUUCGCUUGUAAAUCUUUUAAUUUGUCAAUACCUUAUAAUUUAUCAAUUAUAAUAAUAACAAUUUUAAUGGUGGCUUCUUAUAUAGCACACAAGUCCUUCACGUUGUGACACUCCUAGCGGCACCCCGAUUAUACAUAUUAGUGUGGAAAAAUGCCAGAUGAAAUUUAGUUAUUCAUAUUAC